AUGGCCCCAGCUCCUAAUUCUGCUAAUCUAGAAAAGAAUGCCUGGUCGUGGGUUAAGAGCACUGAGCCUGGUGAUGUGACAUUUCAAAAUGUUCUAACAGCCUACAGGCUUAACCUCCAGAUUUGUGUCAGCUGCAAAAAAAAUCACAAAGGUAACCCUUUAUGUCUGGCUGGUUUAGGAGAGAAGGAAUGGCUGAAUGGGGAGGUAUACUUAUCGAAUGACAGCAAAAAAAUUACCAAAGAUCCGGAUUCAUUUGUGGGUCUGAAAAAUUUAGGAGCCACAUGCUACGCGAAUGCUUUUUUACAGGUCUGGUUUCAUAUGCCUGGAAUUAGGAGAGCUAUCUUACUAUGGGAUCUAGAAAACAACAAGACUCCAACCAUUAGGGAAAGGUCACUGAUAGAGAAUGUCAAAAGUCUACAGAAAGUCUUUGCUUUGUUGAACUUUAGCAGAAAAAAGUAA